GUAGUAGUUUUUUUGUUGUCUGUGCGUGCAUUAUUUUUGAGUCGUGAAAAUAAUUUUUCAAUCGUUAAAAAUCUAUAUUGGAAAGCCCAAGUGCAAGUUAUUUGUAUUAAGAAAUGAACACUCUAGGGCCCAAAAAGGACGGAAGUCCUAAUGUUGAAUUUUUCCAAUCCACGGAAUCAUUGCAAGGUUUUGAAACAAUUCGUCUGUGGCUACAGAAGAAUUGUAAAAAAUAUUUAGCAAAUAAUACAGAAACAAUCACGAAGGAAUCGCUUGCGCAAUUGCUUAUUCAAUUUUUGCAGUAUGUGGAAGCCAAACUAGGCAAAAAUGCACAAGAGCCACCGGCGACUCGAAUCCCGAUGCGUUUAUUCAUGGAUUUUAAACCUGGCGGUGGCUUAUGUGUCAUCUUUAGCGCAAUGUUUCGAUUCCGCGCUGAACAACGUGGCAAAAAAUUUGAUUUUUCUGUUGGCAAAAACCCUCCACGUAAAGAUCCAAAUAUCCAGUUAUUGAUUGAUAUUGAAACGGCUCUCGUUGAGGCAAAUCUUUAUCCUAUUCAUUAUAUUUAUAUACGACCGGAAAUAAGCAAAGAAUUGGCUCAAAGACUGCGUGAUAUUUUGAUUACCAGGCGGGUACAGAUCGUUACCGACGAGGAAGAAGCUACACACAUUAUUUACCCAGUGGUUGAUCCACACCCGGAUGAAUAUGCACGUCCAGUUUUUAAACGAGGAAAUCAUGUAAUGUUGCAUUGGUAUUACUUCCCGGAAUCUUAUGAUUCGUGGGCUAUCAACUCAUUUGAUUUACCGGAAUAUGUGCCUGAGAAUCCUGAACAACCAGCCGAACCAUGGCUCGUGUCGGCAUCUUGGGUUUUAGAUCUGGAACAAUAUAAUGAGUGGAUGGUCGAAGAAGACUACGAAGUAGAUGAAACAGGCAAAAAGAAAACGCACAAGCACCGUAUGUCCGUUGAUGAUAUAAUGUCGUUUGGAGCCGACGAGAAAAAGCGCGUUCCUGGUACUAGUGGUACCACCACUAAACAAAAGCGCCGCCGCUCCCCUUCUCCAAACACUUCAAAGCCUGGUAAGCGUAAACGAUCACCCGCCGUAUUACACAAGAAGGCGCGUAAUGAUGAAGACGAUGAAGACUUGACUCGGGAUAUGGAUGAUCCUCCAGCAGAGCCAAAUGUGCAAGAGGUUGUAAAGUCAUCGUCGCUGCAAUCAACUGCCAGUCCAGCUCCUGGCGGAAAGUCGCGAGCCGACAAUGAUAUGAUACCCAUUAAAGGUGGUACAAUGACGGAUUUGGAUGAUGAGAUGACAGGCGGCAGUGCAGUGCAAGCUCUUUCCACCGGUGACGGUGAAAAUUCACAAACUGGCAAAACAAGUGACAACAGUAAUACUCAGGAAUUUUCUUCCUCUGCUAAAGAAGAUAUGGAGGAUAAUGUUACCGAACAGACGCACCACAUCAUUGUGCCGUCAUACUCCGCCUGGUUUGACUACAAUUCUAUCCAUGUCAUUGAAAAACGAGCCAUGUCCGAAUUUUUCAAUGGCAAAAAUAAGUCGAAAACACCGGAAAUCUAUAUGGCAUAUCGAAAUUUUAUGAUUGACACAUACAGAUUAAAUCCCACUGAGUAUUUAACCAGCACCGCAUGUCGCAGGAAUCUUGCUGGUGAUGUUUGCGCUAUAAUGCGUGUCCACGCGUUCUUGGAGCAGUGGGGUCUAAUUAACUAUCAAAUAGACGCUGAGCUGCGUCCAACUCCAAUGGGUCCACCGCCUACUUCUCAUUUCCAUAUAUUAUCAGACACACCAUCUGGUUUGCAACCAUUAAAUCCACAAAAAACACAACAGCCAUCAGCAGCAAAAGCUUUGCUUGACUUGGACAAACCAAAGGUUAUUAAAGAUGGUAAAGAAGGUUCGGUGGAAGGUGAUAAACCGCCACUCUUACCUGGCGGUAUAAGUAUCAAAAGCGAAGCUUUGGAGAAUGGUGCAACCACUGGCCAGCAAUUCGGCUUGAAACUAGAUCAAUAUGCAAAGAAGCCAGCUGCAAUGAAAAAUCGAACCGCAGCUAACAUGACGCGCGAGUGGACGGAUCAGGAAACUUUGCUUUUGCUCGAGGGCCUCGAAAUGCAUAAGGACGACUGGAAUAAGGUUUGCGAACAUGUAGGAACACGCACCCAAGACGAGUGCAUACUGCAUUUUCUUCGAUUGCCUAUCGAAGACCCAUAUCUAGAAGAUGAUGGUGGAUUUUUGGGACCGCUGGGUUGUCAACCAAUACCAUUUAGUAAAUCUGGCAAUCCUAUAAUGUCGACAGUGGCGUUCUUAGCUUCAGUAGUAGAUCCUCGCGUAGCCGCGGCAGCUGCAAAAGCUGCAAUGGAAGAAUUUGCUGCUAUAAAGGACGAAGUACCCGCUACAAUUAUGGAUAAUCAUAUGAAGAACGUGGAAAAAGCUUCUGCGAGUGGUAAAUUCAAUCCAUCUUUCGGGCUAGCGAACAGCGGCAUAGCCGGCACUGGCGCUGACAAGGAAGACGAAGACGUUCAUGGAGUAGGUGCAGUACCAGGAUCAAUGCCAGUGAACACAGGUGCGAUAGAUGAAGAAAUGAGGGAUGUUUCGAAGAAAGACGUUGCUAAUAAGGCCGAGACGAAAAAUAGUGAAACAGAGUCCAAAAAGAAAUCAGAUAAUGUCUGCAAAAAUGGUGCUGAAAUUAAAACUGAAGACACCAAUGACACAGAUACCAGUUCAAAAGAUACUGAGGCCGCAAAGCAACAAGUAUUUAAUGAAACGAAUGUUCAGACCGCUGCGGCCGCAGCCCUGGCCUCGGCUGCUGUUAAAGCCAAGCACUUGGCUGCUUUGGAGGAACGUAAAAUCAAGUCGCUAGUGGCUUUGCUGGUCGAGACGCAAAUGAAAAAAUUAGAAAUAAAACUUCGGCAUUUCGAAGAGCUAGAAACAACAAUGGAACGUGAACGAGAGGGACUAGAGUAUCAGCGGCAACAACUAAUAACCGAGCGCCAGCAAUUCCAUUUGGAGCAACUGAAAGCUGCAGAAUUCCGAGCCCGUCAGCAAGCCCACCAUCGUCUGCAACAAGAACAACAAUGGCAAGGAACAGCUGGAUCAAAUGCGUCAGGCGGUGCGCCACCAGCCAGUAACCCCAAUGCCUCUCUCGGAAGUACCGGUAACCUACCGUCUGCAACCGGUCAAUCUAUAGUAACUGGCGCCACCACCACAAAUGCCAAUGCAGCGCCAUCAACUGGUGUAGGCAGUGUUGGACCGCAAGGCGCAACUGCGACGAAUCAAAGUACAGCCACAUCUGCAUCUAUAGGUGGCAAUGCACAACAAACUACAACAGCACCGCUUGGUUUACCUGUCGCAGCAUCGGCUUCUAUACAGCAGCAAAUAGCCACUCCAAUGGACACAUCAUCGACAUCCAUCGCUGUACCGUCAGCUGCUGGAGACGGCGCUACGAUCACUGCUCAGACAAUUUUGCCACCAGUCGGUGUAUCAGCUGGUACAUCACUACCCUCAUGUGCAAAUGCACCACUAGCAAAUGUGCAACCAACCAUUCCUCCAUGUGGAGCACCACCCGUAGUGCCGCCAUCAUAAACUAUACAAAAUAUGUCGCUAACUCUAUAUAAUCUUCAUUAAGUAAUUGCUCACAUAUACUACAAUAUAUGUACUGUAAUGCUAUAGCCGUAAAUGAUUUCAUGUUUCCUUCUUGAAUUUACAUCCAUCUUAGAUCAAGUCACGAAUGGUUUUUACCUCAACCUAUAACGGAAAAAUAUUUUUGGUGUGUAAAAAAUGCCCGCACCUGGCUAAGACUUCUUUAUUAAAUAUGUGGCCAUGACAAUUUGAAAAUCGGCUAACAUUUUUAGUAGUGUCUCAUGAUAUUUUUCGAAUUAUUAUUAAAUAAAAUUGCAAACACAUUUAAUUGCAUACUUAGAAACAAAA